AGCUGCAUCCUCACUUAGCAGGGCUCUACUACAUCACAGCUAGUCGAACUUUCGCAGCUUAAGCUCAGUAAACAGUUCUAGUGACAGCAAUGCAAGGCCCCACGGCAUCUUUCAGGGUGUGUUUGGCCGUCGUGGUCGCGGUGUUUCUCCUGGGCUCAUCGGCGGCCGCUGCCCACGGCCUGAGGAGGGUCGUCUCCAGCAGCUCCGACGAGCCGUGCAACGAGAUGACCCUCUACUACCACGACAUCCUCUACAACGGCGUCAACAACACGCGGAACGCGACGUCCGCGGCGGCCACCAAGCCCACGGCGCUGAGCACGACCCACUGGAAGAACGGCACCUACUUCGGCAUGCUGGUGGUGUUCGACGACCCGUUGACGGUGGGGAAGGCGCUACCCGUGGCGGGGGAGGAGCCCGCGGCGCGCGCCCAGGGGUUCUACUUCUACGACAAGCAGGAGUCUUACACCUCCUGGUUUGGCUUCUCCAUCGUCUUCAACUCCACGGCGCACAAGGGCACCAUGAACCUCGUCGGCGCAGACCUCAUGGAUGACAAGACGCGGGACCUCUCCGUCGUCGGCGGCACCGGCGACUUCUUCAUGGCGCGCGGCAUCGCCACGCUUCGACUGGAUGCCUCCGAGGGAGCCGUCUACUUCCGUCUGCAGAUGGACAUCAAGCUCUACGAGUGCUACGUCUGACGUAGAGGGUGACUCAUCCAUUUGCUCUGCUGGUGUGUGUCAACAAGGAUGCUGCUGUUUUCUAUGCUUUUCCAUUUAGCUUGGUGUGUGAGGGCAUACAUUGAUAAGUAUGUGAAAUGCACUCCAUUAUUAUUCGUGUUUACUGCUUACUUUGUAAGUGUUAGUCUAGUGGAGGUAUCUCUUCUAUAUAUUAUCUAAAAGAAGAUUUCGAA